CUUCCACCCCCUUUAGGUACCCCCUGUAUCAGCUAGGAAACCCCCAACUGAGGAUUUUCCGGCCUAACUUCUUCAUGACACUGGUGAGGCCUGGUGUGCCGCAGCCAGAAGACACUGUACAAUUCCGUAUCUCCAUGGAGUAAGUGCGAGCAGAGGAACAAUAGACAAAGGGGGUUCAUCUGCUUCUCAGAGCAUGUCUUCGCUACUCGCUGGAUCCGCAGGCAGCAAUAAAUCCAGUAGGGUUUGUAUAACACAAUAAAUUGAGCACUCUCCUGUCGACUCCAGCAUAACACCAAAAUGAGAAUAGUAGUUGGAGUCUAUGGGAGAGCAUCUGCUGUUGACUGACUUCUGCGAAGGUACUGUGGAUGACUAGACUGGAUGUUAAGAAUUAUCUAGAAAAAAUAUACAAUGUUCCAGUGUCGGCAGUGAGGACCAGAAUACAGUAUGGUGCAAACAACAAAAGGAACCACAAGAACCAGAAAGUGAAGAUCCCAGAUUACAAGGUUGCAUAUGUGCAGCUGGGUCAGGGACAAACCUUUCAGUUCCCAAACCUAUUUCCAGAGAAAAAAGAAACCACAGAACCUGGCUCUAUGGAAGAAAUCCAAAAGCAGUUUAUGGAGAAUGAGAGACAGAGGCAAACAGCUGACCCCAGACGAGGAGGAGUUACUGACUGGUUUGGACUUUAAUGGAACAGGGGAGCUGCCAUUCUUUAGGCCUCUCUGAAGGAAUCCGAUCAGCAGAACCUGCAUCUUUCUCUCCCUAUGACACAGGGUUUAUUUUCAAGCAGUCUCUUUUUGCAUAACUACAGCAAAAUGGCACAAAAGAGAAAUAAAAGUAAAAGGAACAAA